ACUACCGAGAGCGCGUCCAGCGGCAGCUCCGACCAGUCCCCUCCUUUCCCCUCCUCUUGCUACUGUAGCUUUCCAAUCUCUCCCCCUCCGGCCCCUCUUCCCCUUCGAUUCCGGCGGCUUGCCGCCGGCGAGGGUUGGAGGAGGGGUCCGGCCACCUCCCCCUAGUAGUAUUGUGUCAGGUUUGUCCUGUAGUUAGGGUCUGUCCUGUGUCUCUUUUGCCGGUGAGGUUCUAUGGUUGCCGGAGUUAUUGAUGGCGUUGGCGUUGGUCGAUGGCGAGCUGUGGAUGUUUCCUGGCAGCGGCGUGGUCUCGUCGUCGUCGUUGUUGGUGUCUUGCAGCUAGUGGAAGUGGAGGAUAUGCUGGAUUUGAAGCUUGAGGUGAUGGGGCGGUGUCUGGUCUUGCCGCCGCCGUGGUCAUUGCUGCUGCGCAUGGAGGUGCUGUUGGUGCUCUACGAGAAGGUUUAUUGCUUGUGGUCUCUUUCCCUCUGUGCCGGCUGUGGUCUGGGAUGGUGGUGGUGCUUUGUGCCUCUUGCUAGUGUCCGGGAUGAUGGCGUCGUCGCCGGAGUCGGUGAUGUCGUUGUCCCUGCCACCGAGCUGGCCGAAGCCCUUCUCCGACCUCCUCCCUCCUCGGGUUCCCAGUUGGUGCUUCUGCUUCACCUUCUGCUAGUCCGCUCUUUCCCAACGUUGUGCGUCGUUCCCUCUAGAGAACAGUUCAUUCGUCAAUGGUUGUGCUCUUCACUGCUUCAGGGUGGCUGGAUCUGGGGUCCUUCUCCCUCUUCGUUUCUGGGCAGUUGUAUCCACGCUGGGUGGGCCAUUCGGGUUGAGCUCAUGCUCCUCAGAUUCAAAGGCGAACUCCGUGGUGAAGUUUGGUUAAGUCCGGUGAAGCUUACACCAAAAUCUACGGCUCAACAGCAAAUCUCCAAUUUGUGCAGACUCUGUGAAGGCGUCCGAAGAGGAUUACCGGUUCGUCAAGCGGUCUGCAUGUCAAAGGAGACCCAAGGUUCUAAUCGUCGUGGCUUCGCCGCAGCUCCUGUCGAUUCGCGCCUUCUACGCUGCCUAGUUUCAGGAGGUUGUUUGUACUCUUAGUCUAGUUUUCUCUGAUGUGCAUCUUGUUGGUUCUUUCUGUUGGCGAUGUACGGGGCUUGCCCCCUUGAUCUGUUGCUCUAAUAUAUAUGUUUAAGUUUCAAAAAAAAAAAAAAAAAA